UAGAAAAUUGCGUAUAAAGCUAACUGCACGCACCACUCAAGAACGUGUACCGUUGUUUGAAACAAGCGAAUCUACUAACUUAGAAGUAUAGCACUGCAAACAUAGUCUCUAGAAAGCAUGAAGAUCAUAGCAGCCGCAGUGUUACUUUUCAACAUAGCUUAUGCUCGGGCGGACUGCGGACCUGGAUGGCAACUCCGAAGCGGGACUAAUUUUUGCUAUCGAUUUGAACAAACAGUGGCGAACUGGACAGAUGCAAGUAGCGCGUGUGUGUCUUUUGGAGGAAAUUUGGUAACUAUUUCCGACAGCGCUGAAAAGAACUAUGUCAGUGCACUAAUUCAGUCAGAAACGAGGCCUGUGUGGACCGGCCUAACGGAUGAAUUGGGCGAGGGGGUCUGGAGAUGGGCAGACGAUUCUUGUAUAACUUUCACGUCUUGGAAUCCCAUAGAUUGGAUGACUUCUGAGCCGAGCUAUAAUGAAGGAGGGAAAGAGUGUGUUACAAUUUUGCCUGAUAGUAAAAAUUGGAAUGAUGAUGGAUGCGCCUACACAUAUCCAUUUGUUUGCCGAAAAAAGCUAGUUGGCCAAGGUCAAGUAACUCUAAACACGGUGUGCGAAACAGCCUGUAAAGCUGAUUGGUCAGAUAAUUAUGUGGGAUACAUCUACGAGAACGGCGUAUGCACAUGUCAAUAUCGUUGGUUUCAAUUUUCGGGCAAUGCUGAUACUUAUUACGUUGUAUGCGCUGUCCACGAAUUUCCACCAACUACAACUGAAUCACAAACUGAGGCUCCAACUACGACUACGACACCAGACGCCCCAACUACCACAGCGACACCAGACGCCCCAACUACCACAGCGGCACCAGACGCCCCAUCUACCACAGCGGCACCCGACGCUACAACUGCACAAACUACUCAGGACUUGCCUGAGACAACCAGACGUCACCAUAAAUGCAAGAAACACGGAUAAAAGAGGUGUUCUGAUAGAGCCAAGUUGGGUGACUCGAAGACCUCAACGGCAGACGUGUAGUGUAGACGUUGUCUUACUUUUAAAAUAAUUAUCAAUUUUUAAAAUCAAUUUUCUCGUUGAUUGAAAAUAAAAACAUUUGGUAAUAA